AUGGACGCUGUUAAAGAAGAUAUCGUCCAGAAGAAGGAAGUGGUGCCCUACACGGAACCAACGGCAGGGACGAACAUGGCAACUAUUGGGCAAGUGGAAAAUUUUGACGAGACUAUCUCAGAUUGGAUUUCCUAUGAAGAGCGACUCAGUUCAUUCCUGAAAGUGAACAAGAUAGGAGAUGAUAGGAAAGUGGAUGCGUUUCUCAGCAUAAUAGGCCCGAAAACGUAUACGUUGCUAAAAACGCUGCUCGCACCUGAGAAACCGUCAGACAAAACUCUCGAUGAUUUGAUGAAAGUGCUACGUGAUCACUUGUCCCCGAAACCAUCAGUGAUUGCGGAGAGGGCGAAAUUCCACAAAUAUAUACAAGGGGAGGCUCAGACUAUCGUCCAAUUUGUUGCUGAAUUAAAGCGACUUGCGCAGGACUGCAAGUUUGGAGCGAAUCUCGAAGAGACUUUGCGAGAUCGGUUUGUGUGUGGACUACACCGACUUGAUAUCCAGAAAUGCUUAUUUGCUGAGAACGAAUCGCUCACGUUUAAAAAAGCCGUAGAAAAGGCGCUAUCACUUGAAAUGGCGACAAAGAGCGCCUCGGAAUGUCACGCGGCGGACACGCCCCCAAGACUGAAUAAGAUUGAUAAACCAGAGAGAAGAAAGAAACGCUUUUGUUAUCGGUGCGGCGGCAGCAAUCAUGCGAGUGAGGCGUGCAACUUUCGAGACGCUGUCUGCCAUAGGUGUAAACGGAAGGGACACAUCAAAAGAGCUUGCCAGUCUGGAACGAAGGUCAAGCCCGCGGGACGACAAUCCUUGGGUAAUUUGAAGGAGGAGAACGACUGGGUUCAGAAUAAUCCUGGGGGAAACGCUAUCCUUCGACUGGAGUCGCACAAGAAUGAUCCUAUGUAUGCUACCGUUUCCGUCGAAGACGUUCCACUUACGAUGGAGAUUGAUACCGGUGCUGCUGUUUCUGUAAUGUCUUUACAACAGUACCAGAACUGCUUCCCACACCUGACCUUGGAACCCACAUCUCUACGUCUGCGCACGUAUACUGGUGAAGCACUAACGCCCCAAGGGUACAUUACGGUCAACGUCAACUACGGAGGUCGUCAGCGGACCCUGCCCCUUCAUAUCCUGCGUCAACCAGGUGUCCCUCUCCUGGGCCGUAACUGGGUGCGUGAGCUGCGGCUAGAUUGGGCCGGACUGAACACCAUGUCGCUUGACGUCAACACAAUUACCGGACAGUUGACCGAGAAGUACAAGCCUCUUUUCACCGAAGAACUCGGAAAGAUUAAGGGUGAGCAAGCAUGUCUCAAGUUAAAGGAAGGCAGUACGCCACGUUUCUUGAAAGCUCGAAGCUUACCGUUUUCUCUGAGGAAUGCUGUGGAAAAUGAGAUAAAUAAAUUGGAGAAGAUGGGAGUAAUAUCGCCAACAAGCUGCAGCGCAUAUGGCACGCCAGUAGUUCCGGUCGUCAAGAAGGACGGCUCCGUCCGAUUAUGUGGUGACUACCGAACAACGUUAAACCAAGUCCUGGAAGUCGAAAAGUAUCCCCUUCCGAGGUUCGAUGAGAUUUUUGCGGCGCUUGCUGGUGGAAAGUACUUUUCGAAAAUAGAUCUUAAUCGUGCAUAUCUUCAAGUAGAAGUCGACGAGCAAUCAAGUCAGUAUUUAACGUUGAAUACCCACAAAGGACUGUAUAAGGUAAACCGUCUUGCCUUUGGUAUUACUUCGGCCCCUGCAAUAUUCCAGAGAAUCAUGGAUAAUAUGCUGAAAGACCUGGAUGGUGUCAUCGUCUACCUAGACGAUAUUCUUGUUAUGGGGAGGUCAGAACAAGAGCAUAUUCGGAAUCUGGAAAGGGUUCUGCAGCGCCUAAUGGAACGAGGGGUCCGUAUAAAAAGGGGAAAAUGCGAGUUUUUGAAGACCGAGUUACAGUACUUAGGACAUGUCAUUAACGCUGAAGGCGUGAAGCCGUCGAAAGAGAAAGUUGAAGCGGUACUGCGUGCCCCCGCGCCGACAGACAAACAACAGCUUCGCUCGCUGCUGGGAGUAAUCAAUUUCUACGGGAAAUUCCUGCCAGACCUAUCAAGUGUCCUGUAUCCCCUGCACAGGCUUUUGAAACUAAAAGUGGCAUGGUCGUGGAACCAGCAGUGUCAGAUGGCCUUCAAUAGAGUAAAGGAAUUACUCGCAUCACCGCCGGUCUUGGUGCACUACGACCCGGACGCCCCGUUGCAGCUUGAAUGCGACGCCUCGGCUUUUGGAGUAGGUGCGGUACUGUCGCACAUACAAGAAGACGGAAGUGUGAAACCCAUAGCCUACGCGUCACGAACACUAAGUACAGCGGAGGCAAAUUAUAGUCACUUGGAGAAAGAAGCACUUGCCUUAAUAUUUGGCGUUAAAAAGUUUCAUAGCUUCUUGUAUGGACGAGAAUUUGUGCUACUGACUGACCACAAGCCACUUCAGACCAUAUUCGGUGAAAAGUCAAGCACACCUACUAUUGCUGCUGCACGUCUGCAGAGGUGGUCCCUUAUUCUAGCAGCAUAUCGCUACGAGCUUCGCUACAGGGCCGGAAAGGCCAACGUCGUCGCGGAUUGUUUUUCUCGUCUGCCGUUGCAAAGGACUCAGGAGGACGACGAUGACGAAGUCAGUGCGAUCUACUCUUUGGGACUUGAAAGUUUCCCUGUGAACUGCGCAGAAAUAGCUAAAGAAACUGCUCGCGAUCGAGUACUAAGUGUGGUGGCGGAAGUUAUUGCCAAGGGGUGGCCUGCAACUAUAAAUGAUGAGGCACUGAAACCUUAUUUCUCACACAGGACAGAGCUAACAAUGCAUCAAGGAUGCAUCCUGUGGGGAAUGAGGGUCCUGAUACCUUCAAAGCUACGCACGAGGGUGCUCGACGAACUCCACUGCGGACAUCCAGGAAUCGUCAGGAUGAAAGAAAUUGCAAGAAGUUACACAUGGUGGCCACGAAUCGACGACGAGCUGGAGCAGAUGGUAAAACGAUGCGACGACUGUCAGGAACAACGCCCUCAACCACCGAAGGCUCCGUUGCAUCCCUGGUCCUGGCCGUCGCGACCAUGGGACCGUGUGCACUUGGAUUUCGCGGGUCCUUUCUUGAGUAAGAACUUUUUAGUCGCUGUGGACGCGCACUCCAAGUGGCCGGAGGUGUUUGUGCUCCAGUCAACGACCGCAGCAGCUACUAUACAGUGUGUGCGAGAACUGUUUACGCGAUGGGGUAUCGCGGGUACAAUUGUCACAGACAAUGGACCUCAGUUUUGUGCGGAGUCUUUUCAGAUGUUUCUCAAGCAAAAUGGCGUGAAACACAUAACAUCGGCGCCCUACAACCCAUCAAGUAAUGGGUUGGCAGAGAGGUUCAUCCGGACGUUGAAAGAAGGCCUGAAGAAAGAUCAAAGUCACUCUCUGGAGGUGAGACUUUCUAACCUGCUUUUAGUUUACAGAAACACUCCACAUGCCACAACGGCACAGUCACCCGCAUCGCUCAUGUUGGGACAACCAUUAAGAACCAGACUGGACCUCAUGAAGCCGUCCCUCGACCUCACCGUCCGACAGAAACAAGUAAUACAAUCCUUUACCCGGAGUCCCAGAGGCCGCGUUUUUCAAGUGGGAGAUCCUGUGCGCGUCAGAAACUACCGUGGUGGUGAGAAAUGGGUAAUGGGAAAUGUUGUUGAGAGAACGGGACCGGUGUCAUACAGGGUCAAGGUGAAUUGCCAGAAUGGUACACUUGUCUGGAGGAGGCACGCUGACCAAAUGAUAACAGCUGACGUUCCUGCCAAGAAGACAGCCCAAGAAGAAUCGUCAGACCUUUUCCCGUCGGUUCCAAGUGGAUCAGCUACUUUUGCCGAGAACGCCACCGCUACAGUGGAAACACCACCGUCACCACAGAUGGAACGAAGAUACCCUUCACGUGUACGCAAACCUCCUGACCGCUAUCAGGCUACUUGA